AUGCGCACUCGGCACACCCGCAUAGCGACGAUGGGCUCGCGCCUUGAGAACAACUCAAACUCCGUGCGCAAGCGCAUCGCCAAGCACACGUUCGAUGACGAGGAUGGCGAGGAAUAUGGGGGCUCCAAAUUCGGCGGCUUCCCAGAAUACUUCAGACGAAAGAAGAUAAAACUUCAGAAUCUGGAUGCCGAUCUACGAUCGCAAUCUACCGACAAGCCGCCGAUCUUCAGAGGAAUCGUCGCACACGUAAACGGUUACACGCAGCCAUCGCUCAAUGACCUGCACACGCUCAUCGUUCAGUAUGGAGGCGGUUUCAUGCAGUACCUUGACGGCAAGACCACUGUGACGCACAUCAUCGCGAGCAGCCUCACCCCGAAGAAGGCAAUUGAGUUCCGCAAAUACCGCAUCGUCAAGCCAGCAUGGGUGGUUGAUAGUAUCGAGGCUGGGAAGCUGCUUCCGUGGAACAGCUAUCGCGUAUUGGAUGAGGGAGAGAACCAGAAGGUGUUGGCCUUUGAUAAUGGCAAGGUAUCGAGUGCUUCCAACAAGAAAGCGCAGGGCUAUCGCGAUCAGAGCGAUAAAAGUUGGUAUGCAAGCCAACUUCGGAGCAGUCAGUUUGAUGAGCCUGCUAGCACCCCCACGCCGAUGGGGUCUAUGCGAUCCCGCUUUUCUCGAGAAAGACUACCGACGCCAGGUGACGAGAUCGAGGAAGACGUGCCGCCGUCGCAUCAGCCAGAGCACGAAUCGUUCGAUCGAAGUUGGGUUGAGCAGCUGGAAGAAGCUGCGCGUGCGCCCAUCGUUACUCCUCCGAAGACUAGUCCUACCCCGGAAGACCAAGCGGACGAAGUUGCCCCUGCAGCACAAGACAGUGCGCCUCAGGAUGACGAUGACCUGUAUGCUGACCCAGAUCAAGAGCCCAUACAUUCAGCCCAAAAAGUGGUACAUCCAGAUGAACAAGGCAUACAGUACCCAGCCGCCCAAGAACGAGCUGCAAACGCAGCAAAAAGUGAAUCCAUCGCGAAGGGGCGACCACUCACAGCGGAAGAACACAAUGCCAUCUUGCUUCGUGACCCCAAGAUUCGGAGAUCCACCGUAGUAGAUCCCAACUUCCUUGAGCAGUACUACCGAGAGUCUCGCUUGCAUCAUCUCUCGACUUGGAAAGCCGACCUGAAAUCACAGCUCCAGGCCUUGGCCAGCGAGAAGAGUUUGACGCAGACGGCGAAGCAAAAGCGACCUCCUGGCGCGAGGAGGUACAUCUUGCACGUGGAUUUUGACAGCUUCUUCGCUGCAGUCAGUCUGAAGAAGAACCCUCAAUAUAAGGACAAGCCAGCGGUCGUCGCUCACGGUAAUGGUAGCGGAUCGGAAAUUGCAAGUUGUAACUACCCUGCGAGAAAAUUUGGCGUCAAGAACGGCAUGUGGAUGAAACGGGCUAUGGAGCUGUGUCCAGACUUGAAGAUCCUCCCAUACGACUUUCCCGCGUACGAAGACGCUAGCAGGGCAUUUUACGAUGCUAUCCUUGCGACUGGAGGUAUUGUACAAAGCGUGAGCAUAGACGAAGCGCUGAUAGAUAUUUCGAACCUAUGCAUCGGCACCGGUGGCAGUGACGGAAAAGGUAUGAGCGAAGGUAGCAUUUACCGGGAGCAGGCGAAAGCUGAGGAAAUCGCUAAAUCAUUACGCGACCAAGUCAAGGCGAGGACCGACUGCAACGUCUCGGUCGGCAUAGGCGGCAACAUCUUGCUAGCCAAAGUCGCUCUGAGAAAAGCAAAGCCGGCUGGCCAACAUCAGAUCAAGCCUGAUGAUGCCCUUGACUUCAUAGGCCAAUUACAAGUUCAAGAUCUCCCCGGAGUUGCUUGGUCUAUCGGCGGAAAGCUGGAGGAAAUCGGUAUCAAGUUCGUCAAAGACAUUCGAGAGUUUACUAAGGAAAGGCUCGUACAGACUCUGGGACCAAAGACUGGAGACAAGCUAUGGGAAUACUCUCGCGGCAUUGACCGAGUAGAAGUGGGCGAACAAGUAGUUCGCAAGUCAGUAUCUGCUGAAGUCAACUGGGGUGUACGUUUUGAGAACCAAGCGCAGGCGGAUGAGUUCAUCGAAAGUCUCUGCGGAGAACUUCAGAAGCGGCUACUGAAAGAGAAGGUCAAAGGGAAGCAGUUCACCAUGAAGAUCAUGCGCCGGUCACCAGCUGCUCCCUUGGAUCCGCCCAAGCACCUAGGGCAUGGCCAAUGCGAUACCUACAACAAGAGUAUGGUGCUUGGAGUCGCGACCAAUGCCAAAGAAGUGCUGACGAAGGAGGCAUUGAGUAUUCUCAAAGGCUUUGGUGUCUCGCCGGGAGAACUAAGAGGCAUAGGUGUGCAAAUGACUAAGCUAGAACCGAUGAAGAGUGCGACCGAUGGAACCUUGGAGAGCUCACAGCGCCGUCUCCAGUUUAGAGCUGGUCCUGCCGAACCCAAGCCGACCCGGAAAAAAACACCAGCGGUGGUGGAUGAAAUAGAUCCCAUCCAAGAUGAUCCAGUCACCCCAAGGAAACCAAAAGCCGCUGUGGAAGAUGAGCACGUCGCUUUUGGGCCCGCAGAGCUCAACCACUCAACGCCGUCACGGAGACCGCUGAACAUGAUGGGAACGCAAUUCAUAAUGCCAACGCAGGUAGAUCCCCAGGUUCUCGCAGAGCUCCCAGAAGACAUACGCUCCAAGCUUAUGCGGCAAGGUCGCCAGUCCUCACCCACACCAGCCACUUCUAAGGCUCCAAGAGAAUCCCUCGGUGCCUCCCCAUCCCCGCAAAAAGCCAUGCCAUUCGCCCUCACAGCCCCCCUCACACUCCCAACUCGACCCCGACAUCCUCGCCACCUUGCCCCCGACGUCCGCGCAGAAGUCCUCUCCCAGUACGCCGCGGCAGGAGCAACUCCACACUCCCCAUCCCGCCGCCCAAAACGCAUCGACCAGACCCUCCUACCCCAGUCACCGCGCAAGAACAGAUUAAUAGGCAUCCCCGCCAAACGCGCCAUCGUGCCCCCGUCAAGCGCGGAAGAGGCCGCCCCCUCGCUCAGCACAACUCGCCGCCGCCGCGCUCGCGCGCACAAAAGACGCCACAGGCAAGACCCUCACACAAGCGAACUUCAUCUCACUCAAGAACCCCGCGCGCACACUCGGCGGAGAAGCCUCCGCCUCCGCCUCGCACACCGAACCCCAGAGCUAGACCCAGACUUCCUCGCCGCCCUCCCCCGACGUCCGCCUCGAAGUCACCGAAGAGCACAAACGCAAAAAACUCCAAGCCUCGCGCCUCGCCCUCGCGAAAAAGCGCAAAGCAACCUCAGGACCGUACAUCCACGCUCCACGCCCACCCCAAGUCUUCUCCGUGGCGCGCCCGCCCCGCCCAACGUUCACUACGAACAAGCUGCAUGA